AGAAAAAAGACACUGAACUGUUGUUUGAUUGAAUUAUAUUAGAACUAAUUUAUUCAGCAGAUUCUCUCCAUUUUUUAUGAUUAAAUAUAAUUUACAGGACAAAUAAAGUCGGUGUCAGCUGCUCUCACGUCCUUUGGCCUUUUGUGAUGAUAAAACAUGAACUUUAAACAGUUUGUUAUUUAUUAAAACACUUGCGCAUGUGAAUGUUUUACCUCCACGUUGUAAUUGGCCUUACAGAUGGAGCCCUGCUGCAUGCGGCCUGUGGGAUAAAGUCUCCUGAGCUUAGUUGACUUCAGUGGGAAAGCUCUGGAGCUUCAUAUGGCGCAGAGCGCGCUAAGCCUCUUAGGAAUCACCACCAGCAGAUGCAGGGAGAAUGCCAAUCAGCGGCUCCUGCUGAGCGCACAACCCUGGCGGCUGUGCCAGCGUGCGCCUCAAAGCUGCGCCACCACGCUUCUCAUGGACCGAAGGUUGUUUGUGGCGCUGGAGUUGGUUUUUAUUUUGCGGUAAACAACCUGCGAGUGCGGCAGAAAACACGUGAUCAGUGGAUGGAGCGUCAGACGACUUGAGACAAAUCCUCUCCAGCGCAGGGAGAGUGAACCAUGCUCCCGCAGGACGUCGGGAGGCCGCAGAAGCCGCGCCGCGUGUCCGACCCGGUGUGCGGGGGAGACGGUCCUCCGGUCCCGCCUCGACGCUUCAAGACCCGCGACUUCCCGCUGAGCGCGCGGCGCCGGCGCUCCGGCUCCGCACCUGAGCGCAAGGUGAACUGCGUGCUGGUCGGGGACGGAGCGGUGGGCAAGACCAGCCUCGUCGUGAGCUACACCACCAACGGAUACCCGACAGACUAUGUUCCCACCGCGUUUGACAACUUCACAGUGAUGGUCGUGGUCGACGGGAAACCAGUGAGGCUGCAGCUCUGUGACAUGGCCGGACAGAAAUGGGGGCUGGUCGAUGGAUCAAUCAAUGACGAGCUGGAGCGUCUCCGGCCUCUUUGCUACAAGAACGCAGACGUCUUCCUGCUCUGCUACAGCGUGGUGCGGCCCUGCUCCUUCCGUAACCUGAUGGACAGAUGGGUCCCUGAGAUCCGUCAGCACUGUCCCGGCGCCCCCCUGGUCCUGGUUGGCACCCAGUUGGACCUGAAGGAGGACGUCCAGGUGCUGAUCCACUUGGCCCAGAACCAGCAGCGGCCGGUGGACACCGAGGAGGGCCAGCGGCUCGCCCUGGAGCUCGGGGCCGUGAGCUUUGCCGAGUGCUCGGCGCUGACCCAGAAGAACCUGAAGGAUGCAUUUGAUUCGGCCAUCUUGGCCAGUAUCCAGCAGACAGACAGUAGCAGCGUCCAGCCGCAGAGGACGACUCUGAGGAGGAAGACACCAGACAAGAUCAAGAGUCUGUCAGAGACCUGGUGGAGGAAGAUGAACUGUCUGGUGGGAGAGCAGAGCUGUGACUUCCAGUGAACAAGCUCCACACCAGGGUCAGGGGAUGCUUGUUUUAACCUGCUGAGUGUCAGGGUGGGUGGGGUUUCAAAGCAAAGGUCCCACUGAGGAGAAGGUGUUUAGAAAUCCUCCAUCACGUGAUGUCACUUUUUACUUUUACAUUUGAGGCUCAGUUUACAGAAACCCGAAGGCUCUAAUGAAACUGCUGCUGAGUUAUGGGAGAUGCAGCAUCCAGGGACACGAGACACUGAGAGUCAGGACGUCUCCUCCUCUGCUGCGUCGAGGAUUCCCCCCCCCCCUUUUCGUUCCAUCUUUACUUUAACGUCAGCUGCUCUGUGGCCUCCAGCAGAGACGUGUGGUCACCGAGGCGACUGAGCCACUAGAAACAAAGUCAGGACAGUGAGACGUUCAACAAGACACCAGUCAAACCAGUGCUUCAAAAGAGCAGAAUGUAAAUACACUUUUACAUUUACCUUUAAAAUGUUCUUAAAAUAGAAAAGAACAUUUUUAAACUUGGCCUCUUAGUGGUGAAUUCUUGCCAAUAAGACAAACCAGAGCUUUAAAAGUGCAGAGUAUAAAUAUGCUUCUGUAUGUGUGGGAUCCUGUUGGCAGAAUUAUAUUUGAUAUAAUAUAUUUAUAUAGCAGGAUCAUUAUUUGGAUCUAAGAACGAACAAAACCUUUGAAUAUGUGCUAAUCUUUCUUCAAACUGACCCGAUUCCUUCUGAAUUCGGCCUGGUGCUGUUAACCCCGCCCGUCUGAGGCUCACAGCAGGUUAAAACAAACACCACAGAUGUUCCCGGACCCAGGUUUGAUUGAUGCAGCGACUCUGACUCGGAUCAAACCGUUUUUUUGACUCGUAUUUAUUUUGUUUUUCACUUUUACACCCCCAACACGACCAGUCCUUUGUAGAGUAUUUAUCUAUUUAUUGAAUAUUAUUAUUAUUAUUAUCCUUGCCAUCACUGAUCAUGGGAGAAUGUUCAGAAGCCUUGAUUAAAGUUUAUAACAGUGA